UGUUUGUGACCCAUUGUCAGUGCAUUUAUAUAUUUGGCAAUGGAGCAGUUACAUUCAUGUACUUGCUGCCUGGUGCGGCCGCCGGAAAAAGGCCUUAAGAUUAUGUAUAAACAUCACGACAAAACAGAGGUAUAUUACGACAUGCUGAGAGACUGCUUCGAUAUUAAUCUCAGCAUGGCAAAUGAGGAGUGUGGCAUCUGCGAGGUGUGUGUGGGACGGCUGCGGGACGCAACUGACUUCAAGCUGCAAGUGCAGCGUAGCCAGGCCGAGCUGCAGGCAAGGCUUAAGAAAGGGGUGAUGUCAAGUAACAAGAUAGAAAUCAAGGUGGAAAAAGCCUCUGAAGGUGAAACAAUUAUACGCGAUAUCAAGAUGGAGAAGGCUGAUGUCGAGAUAGCAGAUGACGUUGAUGAGUUCGCUUCAGAUUCAGUGGCUAUACAAAACGGACCGACGACAUCUACCACUGCACAGGUCACGCUCAACCCCAGUCCUUCAGUGUCGAAUUCGACCCUCACCGUUCACGAGCAUUCCCAGUCAACUUCAACCAGCCAAUCGAAACGGCAGGCGUGUGACAUAUGCCAAAAAAAGUUCGCAAACCGAUAUCAGCUAGCCAUUCAUCGCCGCUCACACACUGGAGAAAAGCCUUUCGCAUGCAGCGUAUGCGACAAAAAAUUCAUACAAAAAGCAACCUUAAAUAUUCAUUACGCACUCCACCUGGGGAAGUUUAACUUCUCUUGCGAAGUAUGUGACGAGCGAUUCCUUCAUAAAAACCAAUACAUCUUACACAUGCGGAUACACACUGGUGAAAAACCGUUUGCUUGUGAUAUGUGCGAUAAGAAAUAUAGACAAAAAGGCGAAUUAACUAUUCAUAAGAGAAGUCAUUUCAAUACUGAUACCGUGGACAAAAAGUAUGCUUGCGACGUUUGUGGGAAACGGUUUGCAUUACAAGAGAAUUUAUUUAAUCAUAAAGAACGACACGAGAAAGAGGAAAAGGCAAAGAAAGAAGGGAAACAGAAGGACCCAAAACCAUACGAGUGUGACAUAUGUUUCAAACGAUUUGCGUUGAAAGGUAUUUUAAAAGGUCAUAAAGAAAUACACUCACAAGGACCCCCUUUAGAAUGCGAUGUGUGUCAUAAGAAAUUUCAAUUGAAGAGGUAUUUAGAAAAUCACAUAAAGGUGCACGAAGAGACGAAGGAACACGCCUGUGAAAUUUGUGGCCAACAAUUUACACACAGGGCGAGUUUUAAACGUCAUAUUAGAAAUCACACGGAAGAAAAACCCUUCGCCUGUGAAGUAUGUCAGAAGCGAUUUGAUCGCACUGCGACUUUACGAGACCACAUGCUUAUACAUGCCGGGAUUAAACUACACACUUGUAAAGUAUGUAAUAAGGAAUUUAGGUUAAAGUCGACACUAGACAUUCACAUGCGGAUACACACCGGUGCAAAACCAUUUUCGUGUGAUAUAUGCAAUAAGAAAUAUAGACAAAAGAGUCACUUAACUGUUCAUAAAAAGACACAUUUGAAAUUUGAUCACAGUCAAGUAGAGCCAGGAGAGAUAACAGCUUGCAAGAGAGAGUCUGCAGAUGACCCUAUAAAUCCACUAUCUGCAGAUCAACAAGUAUUCACUUGCGAUACCUAUAUGCCGAAAACAAUUUGCAGAAGAAAGCACUUUUAUGAAAAACCAUUCGAGUGUGAAACGUGUCAUAAGAAAUUCCGGAAGAAGAGGAAUUUACAGGACCACAUGAUGGUGCACGAGGACUUUAAACAGCACGCGUGCGAACCCAUUGUCAGUGCAUUUAUAUAUUUGGUAAUGGAGCAGUUACAUUCAUGUACUUGCUGCCUGGUGCGGCCGCCGGAAAAGGGCCUUAAGAUUAUGUAUAAACAUCUCGACAAAACAGAGGUAUAUUACGACAUGCUGAGAGACUGCUUCGAUAUUAAUCUCAGCAUGGCAAAUGAGGAGUGUGGCAUCUGCGAGGUGUGUGUGGGACGGCUGCGGGACGCGACUGACUUCAAGCUGCAAGUGCAAAGCAGCCAGACAAAGCUGCAGGCAAGGCUUAAGAAAGGGGUAAUGUCAAGUAACAAGAUAGAAAUCAAGGUGGAAAAAGCCCCUGAAGGUGAAACAAUUAUACGCGAUAUCAAGAUGGAGAAGGCUGAUGUCGAGAUAGUAGAUGACGAUGAUGAGUUCGCUUCAGAUUCAGUGGCUAUACAAAACGGACCGACGACAUCUACCACUGCACAGGUCACGCUCAACCCCAGUCCUUCAGUGUCGAAUUCGACCCUCACCGUCCACGAGCAUUCCCAGUCAACUUCAACCAGCCAAUCGAAACGGCAGGCGUGUGACAUAUGCCAAAAAAAGUUCGCAAACCGAUAUCAGCUAGCCAUUCAUCGCCGCUCACACACUGGAGAAAAGCCUUUCGCAUGCAGCGUAUGCGACAAAAAAUUCAUACAAAAAGCAACCUUAAAUAUUCAUUACGCACUCCACCUGGGGAAGUUUAACUUCUCUUGCGAAGUAUGUGACGAGCGAUUCCUUCAUAAAAACCAAUACAUCUUACACAUGCGGAUACACACUGGUGAAAAACCGUUUGCUUGUGAUAUGUGCGAUAAGAAAUAUAGACAAAAAGGCGAAUUAACUAUUCAUAAGAGAAGUCAUUUCAAUACUGAUACCGUGGACAAAAAGUAUGCUUGCGACGUUUGUGGGAAACGGUUUGCAUUACAAGGGAAUUUAUUUAAUCAUAAAGAACGACACGAGAAAGAGGAAAAGGCAAAGAAAGAAGGGAAACAGAAGGACCCAAAACCAUACGAGUGUGACAUAUGUUUCAAACGAUUUGCGUUGAAAGGUAUUUUAAAAGGUCAUAAAGAAAUACACUCACAAGGACCCCCUUUAGAAUGCGAUGUGUGUCAUAAGAAAUUUCAAUUGAAGAGGUAUUUAGAAAAUCACAUAAAGGUGCACGAAGAGACGAAGGAACACGCCUGUGAAAUUUGUGGCCAACAAUUUACACACAGGGCGAGUUUUAAACGUCAUAUUAGAAAUCACACGGAAGAAAAACCCUUCGCCUGUGAAGUAUGUCAGAAGCGAUUUGAUCGCACUGCGACUUUACGAGACCACAUGCUUAUACAUGCCGGGAUUAAGCUACACACUUGUAAAGUAUGUAAUAAGGAAUUUAGGUUAAAGUCGACACUAGACAUUCAUAUGCGACGAUUGCACACCGACGAACGACCAUAUACCUGCGAUGUGUGUCAUAAGGGGUUCCCUGAGCUAUCCGACUUAAAAUACCAUUAUAUGUCGCAUACUGGAGAAAAGCCGUUCGGUUGUGAAAUAUGUCCAAUGAAAUUUGCUCGACGUUCUCAUCUCAAGAGGCAUCUCACAAGUGUUCAUAAAGAGACACAUUCAUGUUUUUAUUUUUCUACCAGUUCCUUUGAAAAUAGGUAUGGUGUAGAGGUGUUACAUGAAUUUGUUAUACACAUGCGGAUACACACCGCUGCAAAACCCUUUUCGUGUGAUAUAUGCAAUAAGAAAUAUAGACAAAAGAGUCACUUAACUGUUCAUAAAAAGACACAUUUGAAAUUUGAUCACAGUCAAGUAGAGCCAGGAGAGAUAACAGCUUGCAAGAGAGAGUCUGCAGAUGACCCUAUAAAUCCACUAUCUGCAGAUCAACAAGUAUUCACUUGCGAUAUAUGCCGAAAACAAUUUGCAGAAGAAAGCACUUAUAAUGCUCAUAAGAAUAAUCAUUCCGGUGACUACCCAUUCAAAUGCGAUGUUUGUGAAAGGAAAUUCAAUACGCAGUUUGCGUUGAAAAAUCAUAAAUUUGAUCACACUGGAGGCAAACCUUUCAAGUGUGACAAAUGCAGUAAAAGGUAUACAUCAAAAUGUGCUUUAAAACUCCAUUCGAAACUUCACGAUGAGGAUUAUAAGUAUUCGUGUGUCGUGUGUAACAAACGUUUCAUUAAAAAGGACGCUUUGAGUAUACAUCUUGGAGUACACACUGGAGAAAAGCCUUAUAACUGUGAGAUAUGUCAAAUGAACUUCCGUUAUAGAUGUAGCUUAAAGAGACAUCUAUUAUUCCAACACAACCAAGUUAUGGACAAACAGUUCUGUUGCGACAUUUGUGGGAAACGAUUUGCACUACAAGGGACUUUAGCUAAGCAUAUGGAUAGACAUGCCGAGAAAGAAAUGGAAGAUAAAGCUUUAAGGGAAGGUAGAAAGGAAUAUAUGUGUGAGAUAUGUAGCAAACGGUUUUCAACUAAAGGUAUUUUAAGAAAUCACAGUAUAACACAUUCAGAUGAAAAACCAUUCGAGUGUGAAACGUGUCAUAAGAAAUUCCGGAAGAAGAGGAAUUUACAGGACCAUAUGAUGGUGCACGAGGACUUUAAACAGCACGCGUGCGAAGUGUGUGGGCAGCAGUUUAGGCAUAAGUCUGCCUUGACAGUUCAUGUUCGAAGAGUUCACUCUACUGUAAAGCCGCAUGCUUGCGAUGUAUGUAAAAAAGCUUUUCCGGUCCUUGCUGCAUUGAAGGAACACUAUCGUGUUCACACGGGGGAAAGACCAUAUGCUUGCGAAAUAUGCUACAAGAAAUUUCAGCGACACAGUGGGGUGAAGAAACAUCUUGUAAGCGUGCACCACGAGAAGCCUACGAGGUUUAUUAAAUUAAAAACAAUGAAUACUUAUAGUUAUACCUAAAUAGAAAAGAUGUCCGCAGUAGUAUAAGGCUGUAACUAUGUACAUACCAUAAUUAUAGUUUACAUUGUGCAAUUUAUGUCAUGUAGAAAGCUUAACAUACUUAUAGAAUUGAUGAAAUCAGUAAAUAAUAGAAAAAUAUAUUCA